AUUACCCCCCAUCUUAAAUAAAAGUACAAAGAGACGAAGUAAUGUUGUAAAAAACCAUACAGAUUUAACUAUUACACACUGUAUUACAGAAAAAAAGGGAUGAAAACUCUAGAGGAACUGCGUAAAAAAUUUCGCUCAAAAAAUCAGCAAAAUUGUACUCAGCCGAGUUAUUCGGAUGAAACAGAACUUUUCAAAGCACGAGCGAAACUGUGGCGGUACGACAUGAAGUCGAGUGACUGGAAAGAAAGAGGAACUGGAGAAAUAAAACUCAUCAAAUCCAAUAAGAACGGCCUGACUCGAGCCCUUAUGCUGCGCGACAAAACUUUUACUGUUUGCUGCAAUUACUACUUAACUCCUGAAAUGAAGUUGGAAGUUCACUGCUCCCACCCGAAAACGUGGAUAUACACUGUACUUGCCGAUUUUUCUGAUAAUGUGUGUAAAACUGAAGUUCAUGCCAUUCGUUUUUUGACUGUUGACGUCGCUAAUCUGUUUCUGGAAACAUUUAACAGCUCCAAAGAAAAUAAUCAUAAAAUAUUCACUGAAAAGUCGAGUGGCAGUAAACUAGCUCGGGAACUCGGAAAUCCUAAUGGAGAACCCGCAGAAGAAAAACAACGCCAGGAAAUUAGUAAUACUUUAAAGGAACUUUCGUUAGCCAUCCGAGCUCUCAACCCAUUUUCAAAGUUGACGUUGAGAACUAAAAAGAAAAAUUCUGAAAAGAUACUUGAAAAAGACGUGAUUGUCAUCGAUUAG